UAAAAUCCUGCUCCGAGCAAUUUUAAAUCAGUCUAGUUCAUCAGGCGACGAGACGCCGAUCUGUAUUCCUGAUAACCGUAAAUUCGAAAUUACUUGCCAAAAUGGUAUACGAAUCCGACUUCUACACGACCAGAAGACCAUAUCGUUCUAGUCCAGCGUAUUCGACAUACACUACAUCGCCUGCAUUGUCUAGACAAGUGAGGAUUCUUCCAGGGCUUGGCAAAGUUCAUGUCGUGCAUUCAUACGACCGAAUAGUACCUUAUGUUGGUCACAAGAGACUGACAGUUGUAACACUGCCACCAAAAAUUUACUCCACAAGGUCUUCAGUUCUUCAAAGGGAAUAUGAUUGGAUAGAAAGCAAAGUUAGGCCUUGGGUUGCAUAUUCACCAACUAAUCGCUACCUCAACUCUGAUUCUACUGUGAGAUAUGUUUAUGUUAAUAACCCAUUAAGAGGAUUAAACUAUCGUGUUACAUAUAAACCCUCUGAAUAUUACAACUACUACAGGAUAAUUCGCCCGUUGAGUUCAUACGAUGAUUAUUGGUCAACUUAUAGGCAUUAUUAUCAUUAUUGGCCAAGUUAUUAUAAAACUUAUAGCAAUCUUGAUGAUUUAUCACUUUAUCGACCUCUUAAAUUAGCACGUAAAUAUACUUCUUUAACGGGAUAUUACCCAGAUUAUUAUAAAUACUCUUGGCCGCUAUCUUACUGGCCUUACUCUAAUUACUACAUUCACUAUCGGCCAGAGUAUAGAUAUUCAACUUUAUAUAACGACUUCUGGAGAAACUACGUAACUUUGACUGCUCUUUCCCCAAGAAGGUCACUUUAUUGGCUGAAAUAUCACCCUAUGUAUAUGGGUCGAUUAUCACCUAAUGUACUUGAGUAUUUGCAAAGUAUAUUUGACGAUGAAACGAGGUUAAUAAGGGCACAGACGGCGUCUCUUUUGAAACAAAUUCAUCUUCCUGUACCUAGAAUUAGAAACUGGCCCAUCACUCCCUUGAACAGAUAUGGUGAUUUCGUCUCCCUGCCAGCUAAAUACAGCAAUGACACUUACAUCCAUAGAUUACUGACAUUCUCACCGAAUUCUAAAAUUCAGUAUGCCACAUAUUAUACAGAACCAGUCAAAAAAUAUAUUGGCCAAGGCCAUCUAUCCUGUGUCUCAUAUGCAGGGGGCAAACCUUACGACCGUCGUCGUCCACUUACAAUGUAUGAGGACGCUCUCAAAAAUGAUAUCCAGUUGCUGAGCUAUUAUAUAACCAAAUUUCGACAAGAGAAAGCUCAGCCAAAAGAAAUUAAAGUGCCGUUAUCUGCAUCGCGCCCCUCGCGGAUUUUCUCUGUACAGAAACCUAUCGAAGAUCCUGUUGCGCAGGAAAUUAAAGACUUGAGGGAAGCAAGAGCAGCGCGGCUUGCAAAAAUUUAUGAUUCUGACGUUAAGUCAACCACCGCUGUUGAAACUAACUUAAAGUCGAAACGGAAGGAGGAAGAAGCUCGUCUUGCUGAAGAAAGAGCCAUCGCGGAGGAACAAGCGAAAAAGGCAGCCCAAGCUAAAAAAGAAGAAGCAGCGAAGGAAGCAGCAAGAAAAGCCGAAUUAGCCCGACAAGAACAGCUCGCAGCUCAGGCCGCUGCAGAACGUGCAGCGGAAUUAGAGAGGCAAGCGGAAAAAGCUCGACAGGAAGAACUAGCAAAACAGGCUGAACUUUUAAAAGCACGUCAGUUAGAAGAGGAGAGGAUUCGCCAGGAAGAAGAGCAACGACGUAUAGAAGAAGAAUUAAAAGCAGAAGAAGAGCGCAAACAGCUACUACGUUUAGAAGAACUUGCACGACAAGCAGAAGAAGAAAAAGAGGCUGAACUAGCAAGACAAGCAGAGGAACUUGCAGAAUUAGCCAGACAAGAAGCAGAACGUGCCGAAGCUGAACGCCUUGAACGUGAACAAAAGGAAAAAGAACGUAGAGAAAAUGAACUAGCCGAACUAGCACGGCAAGAAGCUGAAUUAGCUGAAUUACAAAGGCAAGAAGAAGAAUUAGCUGCAAAAGCAGCCGAGGAUACUGAAAUUAGCACGCAAGAAACCACUGAACAACCAGAAGCAGAAAUUGUCGAAGACACUGCUGAGGUACCAAAAGACGAAGAACAACCUGCUGAAGUUGAGCAAACUGAAGAACCUAUCGUGACAGAGCAGGAAGAUGUAAUAUCCGAAGCUCCUGCUACAGGUGAGGACACCGUAGUUGCGGAAAUUGUGGAAACCGCAGAAAACCCAGACGAUCAAGAAAAUGCAGUAAACGAAGCUGAAGAGUAGAAACUAAUUCGGUCUCUAGUGCGGUGAAAUAAUUUUCUGCGAAAUUAAUUAAAUUUAUUAUUUGUCUAAUGUAUACCUAAAAAAAUAUGAUUGUGUUCACGAUUUAAAAUUUUGUACGACACUCUAUAGUACUACAGAUAAGUCUAGUUACAUUUAUAUCUUAUUCAGGUUUCAUGAUUUCUCGGUUUCGGAAAUGUUGUAACUGUUCAUUAAAAAACACUGUAAUUACCUUACCUUAUGGUUUUAUUUAAACUAAAAAAAAUAUUUAUUGUAUGUAUACACUUCCUGAAAAAUAUAAAUUUCAGAUUUCAAUUAAUUAUUAGAUAAUUUUACUGUAUUACCAUUGUAUAUUUGUAUAAUGCGACAACAACUAUGUUCCGAGUUACUGAUGUGCUAUAAAAUUGUCCAAUGAGAGAUUUAUAACGUAUAAAAAUACAGAUAUAAUUAUGUCCUAUUAAACAAUCCCAAAUUGUUUAUUUUUGGUUGUAACAUUUUGGUAAAGUGGACCCACAUUUCAUUUCAUGUCUACAAAAUGUACCAUACUUAUAUUCAAUUUUGCAUUGACAUUUAAUUUACUCUCACGAAUUAAACACCUAUCACCAAAAAAAAACAUAUCUACUCAGAAAUUCCCAGAAACUAAUAAUCAAUAUUCAAAAUUUGUUAUAUUUAUUUUGUUGUAUAUUUUUUACUAAAUAUAUCGACUGAAACUACUUUUUGUAAUAUGUUUGAAAAAUAGUUUUAAACAAAACGUAAUUAGGAUUUUAAUAAAAAAAUACCGCUCUCUUUCGAUCAAAAUCAUUUUACUCAAUGUUCUUAACUAAUUGGUAAGCCUAAAUUAAACACGUUACAAGUAUAAAAUAUAAAAAACAUUAAGCAUAUUUUAAACCUGAGUUCUCUCUUAUUAAUUUUAUAAAAUAAUUCGCAGUAUAUUUGUUAAGUUACAAAUUUCGCAAAUUUGUUGUUUAGUUGGAAAGUUUGUAUUAACAGAAAACUAAAUAAAUCUUUAUCGUUGACUAUAA